AUGGCAAGAAAUUCAAAGAAGAAUGCAAGAAAACGAUCCAUGGAAGAAUGUGUUACCAAGAAAAAUGAAGAGUUCCCUCAUGAGAAGAGUGGAAGAAGCAAGAAAAAGGAAGAGUUCCCUCAUGAGAAGAGUGGAAGAAGCAAGAAAAAAGAAGAGUUCCCUGUUGAGAUUAGUGGAAGAAGCAAGAAAAAAGAAGAGUUCCCCGUUGAGAUUAGUGGAAGAAGCAAGAAAAAGGAAGAGUUCCCCGUUGAGAUUAGUGGAAGAAGCAAGAAAAAGCAAUUCAGAAAAGAAGAUCAAGUAGGGGAAUCGAGCAAGAUUUAUGAGGAAUUGGAGACGAACAAGUCAAAGAAAUAUGGUGAAAUGAAUGGAGGAGGAAGUGAGAAAGAUUUGAGGAGGGAAGAAAGAAACAGAAGCAAGAAAGAAAGAAGGAUGAAACCCCCAAAACAAUGGUUUGGUGAAAAAUUGAUAAGGGAAGUCGAUGCAUUGAGUAGGAAAGAAAGAGAGGAAUAG